CGCACGCUCGCGGGGCGGAUCUGAAAAUGUCUGUUACUUUGCACACAAAUCUCGGCGACAUCAAGUGCGAGAUUUUUUGUGAUGAAGUCCCGAAAUCUGCCGAGAACUUUUUGGCACUAUGUGCUAGUGGCUACUAUGAUGGAACCAUAUUCCACCGAAACAUCAAAGGUUUUAUGAUACAAGGUGGAGAUCCAACAGGCACGGGAAAAGGAGGAACCAGCAUAUGGGGCAAAAAGUUCAAUGACGAGAUAAGAGAGUCGCUCAAGCACAAUGCAAGAGGGAUAUUAUCAAUGGCUAAUAGUGGAGCAAAUACGAAUGGAAGCCAAUUUUUUAUAACUUACGCAAAGCAGCCACAUCUGAAUGGAUUAUACACUGUGUUCGGCAGAGUGAUUCAUGGGUUUGAAGUACUUGAUAUCAUGGAAAAGACACAAACUGGGUCGGGAGAUCGUCCUCUCGCCGAGAUCAGGCUCAAUCGGGUAACGAUACAUGCUAAUCCUCUUGCAGGUUAACCUUCAAUUAGCAGUAGCUAGCUAAAAUCAACAUUCGAUGAAAGUCUCAUUAUGCAAAGCUCUGCUAAUCUGAGAGGUUCAAAAUACAGAAUUAGAAGUAAACCUUACAAAACUAACAGAGAACGGGCUUGCAGAGGUACUUUUGAAUUUGCAAAUAUUGUUAACUUUAUGUAUAUUUAUUUAAGGUUAAAUUAUGAAUUCGGUCUCAGAAACCUAAAAUUUAGUCUAUUUAAGGUUAACUUUUGUGCAUCGAUUUUAGAUAUAUGUAAAUAUCUGAGCUUUCAUUUUCUUGUUACCGGUGAAUGAUUAAUACUGUGUAAUAUAUAAGAUAUUGAUGCAUAUGAAACUAGGAAGUUGUUCCACAGCCCAACCUCUCCGCCCGUAAAUAUUUUCUCUUUAGG